CUUCCAUCCUGCAUUAGAGUCUCAGUAAUAUGUGAACCACACAUCCCUCGGUUUACUAAGAUGAAUGUCUGGUCCGGCGCAAUCUUGCUGGAUGGCGGAGCACAACUCCAAGGCCUACAAUUGAUUGACCGGUCGUCGAACUGGCAAUCGGAUAUUACGAGAGACUCGACGCUCAGCCUUCGCUGCUUCGUGAACCCGGCCCUCAUACCACUCUAUGCACGAUCUGGUCCGAACCUCGAACUCCACACCAAGGACCAACAGGCCUCGCAAUGGCUCAAGGACAAGCUGACGGGCACUAUCUGGCUGGAAGAUGAUGACUUGGAUCGUCUUCAAACUCUCCAGUGUCCCAUUGGUCUGCUCGUGAGCGUGGAGAAUGAUGGACGGGCAAAGACCUCGGGGUCGCACACGACCGACCUGUUAGUCCACGGUGUUUUGUCAACCUCGACCUCCUUCGAACGACCGCCCACCCCGCCUGUGUCAUCCCCAGAGCUAGACGACCAACCGUCUCAUGUCGUGAGACAGGAACUGAGGAUCUAUGCUACUCCCAUUUCUACGUCCCUCAUUACCAAAGCUCAGUCCCUUCCAUCUCCACAAGACUCUGAACGCCAUGGACGAUCGGCCCAGUUUCUUCCGGACAUUCGCUCGCCCAGUCCCAAGCGCAAACGUGUGGCAACGCUCUUCGAAUCCGUGGCACAGCAUCAUAAGAGAGUACGACAGAAGGGAGGCGAGGCUGUGUCGCAACUAAUGGCGCGCUCACUGUCCCAGUCGUCUCAGCAAUUGCAGGGUCUCCGAGUCAAACGGGAGUCCGAGGAGCCUUCCCUGCCUCAAUUGGAUCGGAUCGCGGCACAACGUUCCCGGUCUGUAUCUCUUGGAGCAAGUCUGAACGCCAAGCUUUUGGAAUCGAGGUCGGAACAAACACGGCCCAGCAGCAGACGGGGCUAUAUGCGCGAACUGAACUCCCGAAGGGGUACGCCAAACCCGUUUGUGGAGUCUUCUUUACGGAAAGAAAAAGAAUUGUCGCCAGAAUUGCUACCCGAGGGGAAGUCCGACUCUCCAGCAGCGCCCAAGGAUGCAGAGACCAUUAUUACGGAGAACAAGAACACGAUCACUCGGACCAUCUUGACCUGCAUGCGGCUUUACGGCUUCAACCGUGCAACAGCGCGCUCCGCUAGCUCUAGCAGACCGCAAACCAGAACCGGUAGUCAUGAUAUGGUCCCUGCCAGCGGUGAAGACAAGGACCCGCGCUUGACAACGGUGGACCCUUCCAACACAGACGAAGAUGAGUUCAAGGCCAUGUACCAUGCAACCUAUCGCGCAUCAACGUUUGCACUGCGCAAGUAUCUGAAGGAGCCGUCUCCUGGGGAGGAUGGGUCGCCGAAAAUGCCGCCUCUGUUGGAAAAAGGGAAAGCAAUGACCUACAUUGACGAGUUCUUGAAACUAUUCUGUGAGGAAAACUAGGCUUGUCCGAUACAGGUUAUGAGUUAUGAGUUAUGAAGUUAUGAAGUCUAUAUAUAGUCCAGCGAUAUUGUCAGAAAUCAGGGAACUCUAUGUCCUUGUUUACCCCAUACAAAUAUAUAGUUGUGUGAACUAGUACCACAGCACAAACAAUAC